CUGCGCAUCUGUAAUUAAUAUUGGGUUACUAUAAAUAAAAAUAUACAAAUGGGAAGUGGGAUGGGAGUGGAGCGCAUCGACGAAUGCUCGCUCGCUCGCUCCACAACAAGAAUUCCAUCUUAUCUUAUUAGGGUUCCCGUUUAUUCUACUUGUUCUUCUCCUUGGUUCGUGUCAUAUCUUGCUGGUUGGGGAUUAUGUAUAUAUAAUAUAUAUAUCGACACAGAAAUAGAUAGAUAUAAGAGAGCGCCAGAGCGAGCGGAGGAAGGCGAAGGGAGCUGGGCGGGAGAUGGGGUUGAUAUCGCUGGAUGGGGUUCGGGACAAGAACGUGAUGCAGCUCAAGAAGCUCAACACCGCUCUCUUCCCCGUUCGCUACAACGACAAAUACUACGCCGACGCCCUCUCCUCCGGCGAGUUCACCAAGCUCGCUUAUUACAGUGACAUAUGUGUUGGUUCAAUAGCAUGUCGCCUUGAGAAAAAGGAAGGAGGGGCCAUCCGUGUUUACAUUAUGACAUUGGGAGUUUUGGCACCAUACCGUGGGCUAGGAAUUGGUACAAAGUUGUUGACUCAUGUAUUAGAUCUUUCUGCCAAGCAGAACAUAUCAGAGAUCUACUUGCAUGUGCAGACAAACAAUGAUGAUGCUAUUGGCUUCUAUAAGAAGUUUGGGUUUGAAAUCACAGAUACGAUACAGAACUACUAUACAAACAUCACUCCACCUGAUUGCUAUGUUCUCAGUAAGGUCAUUGCUCAAGUUCAUCCAAAGAAAUGAGUGACCUCUCAUGUUUUCCUUGUAAAAUGCCCGAGGUCAAACAAUUGGGCUUUGAGGUUCAGGUAAUUGAAAUGAUAUGCAGCUCGAGUUACUCUCCCAACCACGAAUAGGCAAACCUAGACCAUUGAGAUGGUAUGCAUUUUACAUCAUGUUGCUGUUACUAUAUCUGAGCAUUCUCGGUUGUGGCUACUGCUAUUCAUAUGACGCAUAUAACGCGCAGAUGGUAGCUAUCGAGAUACCUUUUUUAUUUAGAACAAUGUUGGUUGCAACCAUCAUUUCCAUAUUUCAGCUACUUACAUAUUUCAUAUUUAUUUUAAUGGUGCUGAUGUACCUGGUACUCUAUAUUUCUAUCAAAAUUAUUUUGUGAACCUUCA